AUGGCGCGCCCGCCGCUCCUCUCUGGUGGACCCAUCUACGUCCCGCCGCGUCAGGCAGCAGCGGUCGGCCACGCCGUCGCCGGUGUCGCCGACGACAAGUCAGGCCCGGCCUACCAGCGGCGGACCUGGGACGCGCUGAGGGCCAGCAUAACCGGCCACGUCAACAAGGCCACGCCCGCCAACAUCCGCCACGUCCUGCCGGAGCUCCUUGCCGAGAACCUCGUUCGCGGGCGCGGCCUGCUCUGCCGCGCGCUGCUCAAGUCCCAGGCCGCCUGCCCGGCCUUCACCGACGUGUUCGCCGCGAUCGCGGCCGUCGUUAACUCCAAGAUCCCGGCCGUCGGCCGGCUCCUACUCGUCCGCCUCGUGGUGCGCCUCCGGCGCGCCCACGUCACCGGCGACAAGCACCAGCUGGCGGCCGCGGCGAUGUUCGUCGCCCACCUCGUGAACCAGGGCGUGGCGCACGAGCUGCUGGCGCUGGAGCUCGUCGAGAUGCUGCUCGCCGAGCCCACGGACGACGGCGUGGAGGUGGCUGUCGGGGUCGUCACGGAGUGCGGCGCGGCCCUCGGCGAGGCGUGCCCCAGAGAGGUCGACGCCGUGUUCGACGCCCUCCGGAGCAUCCUCGUCGAUGCCGACGUGGACCGGCGCAUCGGGUUCUUGAUCGAGGGCCUCUUCGCGGUUCGGAGAACCCAGUUCCGGGGGCACCCUCCCGUCCGCCCAGAGCUGGACCUCGUCGAGCAGGAGGAUCAGUUCACGCAUCAGAUCGAGAUCCCCCUCGAGGACAGCCAUGUCAAGCAGCUCGACCCCGAGAUCCAUCUCGACGUGUUCAAGCCAAGCGCCACCUUUCUGCAGGACGAGGCAGCCUACGAAGACCUCAAGCGAAGCAUGCUAGGAGACGAUGGCGAGCACAUUGAAGAAAGCGAGCCCAACGACGACGACGACGACUUCCACAGGGAAGACAUGGAGAUGGAGGUGAUCAAGGACGGGACGGCCACCAACCUGAUCAACCUCCGGAGGACGAUAUACCAGACGAUCAUGUCGAGCGCCGGCGCCGAGGAGGCCGGGCACAAGCUCCUGUCCAUCGUGAGGCCGGGCCAGGAGGCGGAGCUCUGCGCCAUGCUCGUGGAGUGCUGCAAGCAGGAGAGGGCGUCGUCCAACACGAGGUUCUACGGCCAGCUCGGGCAGCGGCUUUGCCGGAUCAGCCGGGCGUACCAGGCAGGCUUCGAGGCGUGCUUCGCGCGGUGCUACGCGGCGGCGCACCGCAUGGCAACCGACGAGCUGCGGGCCGCCGCGGGGCUCUUUGCGCACCUGCUGGCCGCGGACGCCGUCCCGUGGCGCAACGUGCUGGGCGGGGUCAGGAUCACGGAGGAUGACACCACCUCGUCGUCGCGCAUCUUGAUGAAGGUAAUGUUCCAGGAGAUGGCGGAGCAGCUCGGGGUACGGCUGCUCGGCCGGAGGAUGAACGACGACGACGAGCCGGAGGUCCGUGACGCCCUUUUCCCCCGGGACUCCGCCGAGAGCACGCGCUUCGCCAUCAAUUUUUUCACGGCGAUUGGGCUUGCAGGUGUCACUGAACCUGCGAGGAGGAUAUUACUAUCAGAAACAUGUGGUUUGUGA